CCUCCCCUCCUCCUCCUCCUCCUCCAUCAUCCGCCGAGCACCACCGCCACCAUCUACAGACUGAUGGCAGGCUUCGCUCGAACAUAGAAACAUGUAGUUAGCUCGCACACACUCGACAUAUUUCGAAGCCAAGCAGGGUCUGGCGUUACGUGGAAAGUGACCAUGGGUGGCCACAAGGAUGAGGACAUGCCCUACGUGGUGGCGAACAAGCAGAAGCACGACGAGGAGCUAAAAAACAAGCUGAACGACUGGUGCGACCAGGAGUCAACGGGCAGCAACGCCAAGUGGCUGAAGGAGGGCCAGAAUCAGCUGCGCAAAGUCAGCGAGAACCAGCCGGAGCAGGACCACAACUGCAACAUCAGCCAGAAUGGCAACAUGGAUGACUUUGUAGGCCAGGAUGAGGAACGUCAGAGCAACGAAGAGCAGACCAAGUCUCCUAAAAUAGCCAUGACCCCUGGCCUGAUUCAGGAGGAAGCCAAAAACAUCCUCAAUGAGCCCCUGGUCAUCCACAGCUUGGAGGACAAGGAGAAGGAGAGGGAAGAGGAGGAGAAGGGAGAGAAGUCCGAAGAAGAAGAGGAAACGUCCGCUGGAGGGGACGAAGGGGCUGAAGAGGCCCAGGGAGAGGGCGGAGACACGGGCAGGAAUGCAUGCUUCCUGUUUGCCAACAUGAAUGGGACGCCCAGCGAUGAAGAAUCCAACUGGCCUGCUGUGUCUCAGGAUAACACCUCGGACACUUCUCCCAACGGAAACAGAGAGACCUUCUGGGACUCCAGCGCCUUUGAGACUGACACGGACCUCCCUGCCGGCUGGAUGAGGGUGCGAGAUACGUCGGGCACCUACUACUGGCACAUCCCUACGGGGACCACCCAGUGGGAGCCCCCCUCCCCGCUGGGGCAUGUGGAAGACUCAAUGUUGUCCUCCACCAUGUCCCUAGAGACAACGCCGUGUGAGGAGCCUGAGGAAUCCUGGGCUCAGUUCUCCACUGUGGACGAAGGAUCUGCUGACGGGCAGCUGUGGAAGGAGGAAGGCGAAGUCACGUCCGAUCAGAGCCUGAGAGAGUUUGAGGGCGCCACUCUGCGCUAUGCUUCCAUCAACCUCAACUACAACUGCACCCAUUCUGAAGAGGAAGAUAAACUUGUUCCACUCUGCACCGAUUUAGAAAGCAAGUAUUUUGCAGUGCGUUCUCUGGGCUGGGUGGAGAUGUCAGAGGAGGACAUGGCGCCGGGCAAAAGCAGCGUGGCGGUCAAUAACUGCAUCAGGCAGCUCUCCUACCACAAACACAACCUGCACGACACUGCUGGAAUUUGGGGAGAGGGUAAAGACAUGCUGAUGGUGCUGGAGAACGACACAAUGAACUUGAUCGAUCCACUGGGCCAGACACUGCUCCACACGCAGCCUAUCUGCAGCAUCCGCGUGUGGGGCGUCGGCAGAGACAACGGCAGAGACUUUGCCUACGUGGCCCGAGAUAACCUGACUCAGGUCCUGAAGUGUCACGUGUUCCGCUGUGACUCGCCCGCUAAGAACAUCGCCACCACUUUGCACGAGAUGUGCUCCAAGUCUUUAUCUCCUGAUUACCAGAUAAUGAUGGAACGAAAGGCAUCCAGGCUGGGUGUUAGUCAUUUGAAUUCUGACACGGGUAAACCUUUUGGCAUCCCUGAAGAGUUUCCAGCUCCUAAAAAUGAACUUUUCCAGCGCUUCCACGUUUAUUACCUUGGCAGCGAGCCUGUUGCAAAGCCUGUGGGUAUUGAUUUGAUCAAUGACGUUCUAGAGGUAGCCACAAGGGGCAAAGACAAAACCGAAUGGACACCCGUUUCUGUGAACGUGGCGCCCGCCACUCUCACAAUACUUGCAAAACAGACCGAAGAGGUGCUGUCGGAGUGCAGGGUGCGCUUCUUGUCUUUCAUGGGGGUGGGCAAGGACGUGCGCACCUUCGCCUUCAUCAUGGCGGACGGUCCCAGAGAGUUCACCUGUCACAAGUUUUGGUGCGAGCCCAACGCCGCCAGUCUGAGUGAAGCCGUGCAGGCCGCAUGCAUGCUCCGCUACCAGAAAUGUCUGGACGCCCGUCCUCCCAGCCUGGCCUCCUGCCUGCCCACCCCUCCCACCGACUCGGUGGCUCGCCGGGUCAGGAAGGGCGUGCAGAGUCUGCUGGGCAGCUUCAAGAGCUACAGGUCGGGCUCCCAGUCCCCAUGAAGGUCCACGCAGACAUCUCCACGUCACACACGUUCUCUCUCAUCCUCCUGUUGCGCAUCACACGCAUCCCGUCCUUUCAUGGAGUAGAUUGCAGGGAUAAAGUGCGACCACUUGGAGAUUUUAUUUCCCCCUUAUUUUUUUAUCAUAAUUAUUAUUCUUGGCAUUAUUUUUAACACUCCUCACUUAAUAGAUGGAAUUCUGGCAUUGCUCUUCUGUUCGUAGCCGGGAAUAUUUUAUGUGGUUCUUAAUGAUUUUUGUGUUUUAACAGAAACACGGUGUAGAAUGUUGGAAUGUAAGAUAGUUUACAUGCUAGAAUGAUGGACCCUAACACUCCUACUCCUAUUGUCGAAAAAAGGUAUUGUAAUGGCGUCGCUCGUCACAUGACUUCUUGUCUGUAAAGCCACACUUCCACCAACAAGUACAGUUCAGCUCGCUUAGGCACACUUUGGAACAAUAAGCCCUUAUCUGGUUUGUGUUGGCUUUUUUUUGUACCGCUUGGUGAAAACUUGGGUAUCUCCUUAAAGCAGGGCAUACACUGGGCAACUCUAAAAUAAAUUCAAACUGCAGUAGGCGUAGUUAGCCAUGUUGUAGUUUUUAGCGUUUCCGAGGUUUGGUCAGCAGAGUUUUGACAAGAUUACCCAAAUCCCGAACAACCUUUUUCAUCACUGAACAAAACAUGCUCGUUUGCGAUUGUAUCUCAUUUUUCUGCAAUACUGUACUGUUGUUGCCGUCAUAAUGUCUUCUUAAUGACUUAUUGACAUGUGGAAAUUCUUUGAUGGGCACAAUUCUGCCGUCGACAAGUGCAACAACAGCAAGAGUGUUCCCUAUGAAUGUUCUGAACUCCUGUUUUAAUGCUGCAUUGACAGUGAAUGUCACCAUAACAUGGUGAAUGUGGCACCACUCCCCAUAGCUAACGUCAUGUUGCUUCCUUGGUUGGACAGCAAACUAGUCCCUCCAUACUCAUCAGCGCCUCUCUUGGUUGCAGCCAAGUAGUACACUGGCUAUUUUUCCCGUUAAAGACAAUUCUGCAGUCUAUGCCCAGCUUUAGGGCGUAACGCAGCAAUUAGUAGGUUCAUUUAUAGUGUGCCACGUAACCAUGUACUUACCCUUGAUCGCCCUUCACCCCGUCUUAGACACACAUACACACACACAUACUAGACAAUGUAUAUUAGUCUUCCAAAGAGUUUACCGUCACAUGAUGCGUUGUUUUCUUCUCGUUCAUUCUGCAUGAACAUUUGCAAGUUCAGUGCUCGCGUGCAAUAAUCACAUCAUUAAUGAGAGAGAGCCACAACACUGGAGUCAAGCUGAGAAUUUUCAUGUCGUGUUAGAAAUGUAAAUACGCACACACUCUGGGUUUUAAACACACUUCAACACACACAACCUGCUCUGUAGUACUGUAGGAUGCAUGUUUAGUGUGAGGAACCGUCAGUUUAUUCUGUCUCUUCUCUUUGUGUGUGUGCGCGCGCUCGUGUGUGUGGUCGGAGGGGGGAGGGGCCUUGCAUGUCACUCUUGUUGUUGGUGUUUCUAAUCCUAAACUAGCAGUAGAAUGUUUAGAUGGAAAAACCACAAGAGCAGGUUCUGUUGUACAUACAAUAAUUCUCUUUAUUUCCCACGCACUAAAAUGUACACACUUUUUUUGUCACGCGAUUGAGUUUUUAUAAAGGAGAAAUGACCUAUCAUGAUCUUUACGUGUAUGUCGGUAAGCUUUAGUGUAUGUAGCACACUAGUAGUAGUCAACGCAGUUGAGACACUUUGUAUGACUUGUCUGACAUGCAGGUUAGCUCAAUGCAACAACACUAUUAAUAUUAACCAAACUGUACAAACAUAUACAUUUAAAUUGUAGGUUGUUUUUUUUAGCGACUGGCUCGUGGAACAGUGCAAUGACCACACAAACUCCUUCAUUGGUGUCUUCAAAUAUAUUACAAACACUAACAAACCAUUAGUCGCAUCAUGUCACUAUGUCGCUUUGUGCUGUUUGCUGUGUCACAGUCUGACGAUUGCUAGCAAAUUUAAUUUAUUUCCUGAUCAUGUAAAUUAGUUGUAUAAAAUAAAUACAAAUGGAUGUAUAUAAAAAGUCACCACACAAUAAAUGUGAGCAUAUCAUCA